AUGCUGGCUGCAGACAAGACAAGAGGCAGCACGGCUAAGGUCUCAACCGUCACCGAUGCGGCACCGAUGCGGCGAUACCAAGCAUCCAAGCCGGACGACACGGCAAGUCUGAUAUCUUGGGUCAUCACCCACCUCACCCACCGAACCACCAACAUCAGACCGUCACCGUCAGCCGGGCCCUGA